GGUUCACGGCCAAACAAGAUGUCAAGUUUGGUGCUGUGACUACUACUAUUGAACAAGCCUGUACGCCACCAACGAUAACAAGUUAUGGCUGACUAUAGCUUAGUGCGUCGCGGGAAACUUGUGUUGAAGGGCCGCACAACGAAGUGAGAAGCACAAGAGUAAGAGCAAGUCGAAGCAGAGUUUAAGUGGCGGUGACGAAAGGAUGGAAAGUCAGGACACCGUCAGCCACGGAGGCUGGUGGGAGCUGAAAGCGUUCGAAGAGUACACGGGUCCCAUAGCCAUCGAGUUCACUCCGUACUGCUACGUGUCGUCGCAGGAUAAUGGCUUGUUUGUACUUGGCGGGCCGCACCCACCUGGCGAGGGCCCUUUUCCAGAGGAGAUUCUGACUGCUGUCAAGUUGUCGGAUACGAAGAUAGCCCUAAAAUCCGGCUACGGGAAGUACCUUUCUGUCCAGCCUGAUGGCACAGUCGUCGGACGGUCAGAUGCCAUAGGCCCACUUGAACAGUGGGAACCUGUCUUCCAAGAUGGUAAAGUGGCUCUUCUUGCCAGCAACAGCUGCUUCCUCACAGUGGUUGAUGGUACAGAUAUAAAGGCCAGUUGCCGUUCUGCAGGCAGCAAUGAAAUGAUGGAUGUCUCACUGUUACGUUGCUGCCACAAACAAAAUUCCAACCCAGAAACGCAGCAGCCCAGUCUCGAAGCUGGCGAUGACGAUGUGGUGCUGCUUUGA